GUUUUUGCCACGGUGCCACAGUAAGGGCGUAGAACAGCCUCUUUCUUUAGGGCAACAAAAUCCGCGAGGGUAGUCCUCACGCGAAAGUUAAGCCGAGUUGCAGCGGAGUUUCCUCUGGACCGGCACGGCGAGUCACGCCGUACAACGGACGGUGACGAGAAACUCGGCUUCAGGACACAACCUCAUGGACACUUUGUGCACAUCUGCUAACGCAAAUAGGUACGUCCUUUCCACUACAACCAUAAAUAGGAAGGUAUGUGGGUCCUCUAUCCACACGGACCGAUGUGGGCUUCCUCCUUGUCUUGUGCGUUGCCCUAAAGUUACCGCGUCGCCGCUGUUCUGUGGUGCUGAGAGGGAAGCAGAAAGCGAUGGAUUCUCUUCCUCGAUGGACGGCUUCGUCGGCAUUCACAUCUCCCAGGCCGGUUCGGGACUACAGGAGAGGCAGCAGGCACCACAACUGAGGCGAAAGACAGCAGACUUUUCUCUUACAUCUGCGUCUGGCCUGCCUUCAUCGUUCUCCCUUCCCCUUUUCUUUCUCUCUUUCUCUGUUUUUCUGAUUGUCUGCUGCAUCUAUGGUCUCCUCAGAUGUCGCCUUCUACUACCUCUAAGUUUUCGUCUGCACCGUUUUCUUCUCACAUCACACGGUUAACGGAAAAUCGCAGGCCACUUGAAGAGGAUUUCUCGUUUCCUGGCCAGCCCGCGCCGGCCGCCGCUCAAAUGAAAAGUCUCAGAGCCUCAGAGAGCGCGCGGCGGGUUCCUCGCAGCCAGAACGUUCCUGCUUUCUGUGCUUCUUCGCACGAAAAUCCCUCUCAGAUAACGGGCAGGCUCUGCCUGUGACGCAACUUCGCCACGCGUCCCUUCUGCCCGCGGUCUUGUUCGCCUCUCCCUCUCGCCAUCAUGGCACCGCUGCUCAUGCAGCUCUGGAAGAGGGGAGGAGACGUUUUGCCUCCUUUUGUGCCAUCUUCGUCUAAACCCUUGUGCCUCCCCUCAAGGUCUCCCUCGCAAAGCGGCCCGAGAGUCAAACUUGCUCCAGGCGACGCAAAGGCACUGGCAACGGAAGCACGCGUCGGCUGUCCGUCUCUUCCGCGCGAAGACAGGAGACGCGCCGCCGCGCCUCUUGCCCGACUGCCGUCUUUCUGCUGGAGCCAUGCUCGCUUCCCCAGCGCUGGUGGCGGGGACAGAGCUGCUGGCACAAUCGAAACGGGAACACCCCACAGAAAGAGAAAGGCGGAAGGUGGAGAGCGAGGAGAAAGUAGAGAGCGAGGAGAAAGUAGAGAGCGAGAAGGAGAAGGAGAGCGAGGAACGCAAGAUCGGCGAGAAGUGGAGGGAAGCAGAGAGGGAGAGCGAUGGAGAGCAGUAAGGCAGAAAGGCAGGGUGGAGACUCAGAGAAACCGAAGGGGGAGUGACGAAGUUCCUACGCGCGACUGGUCCACCAUCUAUGGUAGAACCAGUCUCAGAUUUUUUUGGGACACUGAGGGGAUCUGGACAGCCCGUCUCCUCGGGCCUUUGGGAGAAAGCUGGCCACUGGCAGACUGCUGUUCUGUCGAGGCGGGGGAAGGCCGAAUCCCUCGCAAAAGGCUCUUCUCCGUCGCGCUUCCCCGCUCUCACAGCUCGACGAAGCGACACAACAUUGACGCUUCUCGGUCUUCUUCCGCCUCUCCUUGGAAGGCUUGCGAGGUGGGCUGGGAAGAGCGAAGCCGCUGGCUUGGCUCCGAGCGGUGGAGAGCAGAAGCGAGAGACGUGGAGCAGGAGGAGACGGGACAGGGCGCUCAGGAGAAGACUGGAGUUGCAGGAAAUCGCGGGCCGUGUGACGGGGGCUUUCCUGAUCUGAAGGAGAGCCAGAAGAAGAGGAGGCACUUCGUUGCUCCACCGAAGAGAAAAGACAGAGAGGAACGAGAAGGGAGAAGAGACUGGACUGAGUGUGAGCACGGGGAAGCAAGACUGGACGCAGUCCAGGGAGACGGGGCCGCAGAGGCAGUCGCCUGGAUGCAGGGGCAGGACGAAACGAAGAGGCAACUUGAGACGCUUCUGCCAACGACGAAGCACGUCGCACUGUGGCUGAAUGCGCUGGCGGGAGACCUGGAGCGCAUGCAACGCAGACAGAACCAGCAGCCGAAGAGAGUGGAGAUGCGGGUCGCCGACGCACCUCAGGGGGGACUCUGGCAACUCCUUUUCGAUGCAGCCGCCGCAGCUAGAGCGACUUGCGAAAAAACGCAUGCGGUAGCAAAUAAAGAAAUGAGUAGCUCAUCCCGUCAUGGAAAAGAAAGCACAAAUGGCCACCGCCAGUCUCAAGGACGGCUGCCCACGUUGCGUCUUCCCUCUUCUCUCUCGCCUUCUUCUAUCUCGCCUUCCUCUUCUGCUCGCUCGUCGUCCCCCGCUUCUGCUUGCCGCACGGCCGGCGCGUGUUUUUGGGUGUGGGCUGUGGAGCUUCUGUGUCGGCGUCAGCGAGAAGAAUGUGAAGGAAGGUCUCUCGAGUCACACAGGAUGGAGAGCUCUUUUUCACCUUGUUUCUCUCCGCCCUCAGUCUCCUGUCAGUCGUCUUUGUCUCUACUUCACGGUGACUCCGUCUCUUCUUCGUCUCCGUCUCCUCCCUCUUCUGCGGCUCCUCUUCCUUCUUCGUCUUCGCUCCCUUCUUCGCCUUCUACCUGCGCUUCUCGCCCGCGCGUCCCGUCUCUCCGUGGCUUGGCGAUGGCGGCCAAUGCAUGCGUUCGACUGCACAAAUGGGGGCGAGAAAAUCCGCAACUCGCCGCCUCUCUCUCUGCGUGUCCACCGUGGCCCGCUUUUGCGCCGAGUGCACACCCGAGAAGCGCAGAAAAAAACCUGCCAGCCUGUUCCUCGCGACCUGUUUUCUGUCUUCCCGAAGAAGCGAAGAACGAACGAGAGAAACGAACAGCGAGGUCAAGAGAAGAUGAGGCCUGUUCGUCGCCUGCGCUCGCUGUCGGGGCUUCCUGUGCCGCACCGCCUCUGCCUUCGCUUCGCGACCUCCGCGCCUGUCUCCUCGCGCUUCUUCUUUCGAUCAGAAACUGGGAAGCUGCUGCCCAGGAGAUGAAUGAGCAAGACGCGUCUCUUCUCGUGCAUGCAUGCGCAACGGCUGAGCUCUUCUUUCCUCCCCUUUUUUCAGCUCUGUCACUGCGCCUCCAGGCAAGGCGCACGCUUCCACCACUCGCGAACAGGCUUCACACAUCAUCUGAAGAGACCUCUUCCAGAGAAGAAGAUGCGAAACCGAACAAAGACCGGGAGAAUCGGGAUGACUCGGGUACGCCUCGUCCCACUGACCUCCCUUCUUCUCUUCCGUCGAAGGAAAUGGCUGCUUCUUCCCCCCCUCCGGCAAAGCACCACCAGCACGCCUCGCUAGGGACUGAACGUCUGCCAGCUCUCAGUGACGCAGGAGCGCAAUCGGCAACAACGACUCCAGCCGGAAGAGAAGAAGUGGAUUUCCUUUCGUCCUUCUCCCCCCAAGGACUCAGCCUCCUUCUCCACGGCUUCGCUGCUCUCCGGGUGUCUCUGCCGCCCACGCUGGCCUCCCGUCUCGCGCGCUCUGCGCUCGACAAACUACACGCAACCAGUCUGGCUGAGGCGACCGAAAAGACGGAGAGGCGCCAAGCUGGACGGAUGGAAGAAGCGGGAAGAGUAGCAGUCGCGGGGGGCUUGAAUGGCAGGCGAGAUGCCUGGCUGGGCAGUGGUGUGCAGAAGGCAGAAGAAGAGCGGCAGCGUUCUUUAGCGCCCGCCAGCCACGGGCCCGAUUUCCAGGGGUCUCAGAUGAAAACAACGAGACCGGACGGUGGAGCAGGUGAAGCUGGAAAAGGCACAGAUGCUGGAGGACAGAGCAGGAAAACAGGAGAGGUUUCAGGUGUCUGUACACCCAAACAGGCGGUACGACUGGUGUAUGCUUUGUGCGAGUUGCCCGACGUACCUCAUCCUUUGGCGAAACAUGCGGCCGUGCUUCUCUCCCAAGGGAGGCUGAAGACGCAUCCAGAGAGUUUCUCCAUUCAAGGUAGACUAUUGGCUUUGCGGUGUUUUCUCAACUUCGACGUCCGCGAACCGGAAGGCAUGCACGCGAUUUUUCUGUCUCUCCUCUGCCGCGGGGUCCCUCGUUCUUCUGGGGCAAUGUCUGCCUCUUCCGCGCCUUUCGUGUGCUCGAGCUCGCCCGCUUCUCUUUUUUCCGAGCAGCACUUCGCUCUGCUUCUUCAUCUCUUGGCGACGGCGCAAGCCACUGGAGCACUGGUGUUUGACUCUUCAAGCGGCAAGAAAAUCUCAGUCAGCCACCCCAAAAGUCCUCUUCUUGCCGACGCGAAAUCCCGUUUACUCGCUGACCAGCCUCUGGGCGAUCCAACAGUUUCAGGUCUCGAUGCACCGGCAGCAGCCAGAGCCCCUGGUGUCCCCUCGGGGCAGGUUUCUCUUUUCUCGCUUCUUCCCCAAUUUCUCCGAACUCACUUGGCGCACUUUCUGCCUGUCGCUACACCCCAGGGUCUCUCCAGUGUCUUUUCAGCAGUCGCCAAGCUGGACGCCGGCAGAACGGUUCUUCAUGUGAACAACCGUCUCCUCCCUCUCUCUGGCGAAGAGCCUCUGCACAUUAGGGGAGAUCGCGGCGGCGUGCUGUACGCAGACAGUCUGCUUGCAGCCAGCUGCUCUCGUCUCCUGCUGUCCAACAGAGCAGAGCCUCGCCACUUGAUUGCAUGCUGCUUCGCAGCGGCUGCGUCAUUCGCCGGAACUCCACACUGGCACGCGGCGUUGCUUUUCCACGCGUUCCACGUUCCCGUCGCAGGACGCGCUCUCGCCGCGGGUGUAUGUACACCGGAGAGAGGACAUGGAGCGGCCGCAGGCGAAAAAAUGGAGCAGCUCCGAGAUGCGUCCGCAGUUUGUGCGUCCGCCGACGGCGAAACUUCAACCAUCACGUGGCCAGCAAAAUUCAUGCAACCUUCCCUGUUCAGCCUUCUCACUUGUCACUCAGAAACGCAGGCUCGUAACUCCACCGGAGCGGGCGUUUCGUUCCAUUCCUUUACGACUCCUGCGAGCGAGACGCAGUUGCCUCGCCGUUUGAAGGCGCCUGACAACGUGCAGUGGGCGACUGCCGUCUUCCGCGGCCAGACUCAAUCCACAGAGGCGGGCGAUGCCGCAUGCUGCCUUAGUUCUGCCUCCAGCAACGUGGCGGCGGACGAAAAGAGACAGAAACAAGGAGAGAGUCCGAUAUCGGAGGGUCGAGAACUGCAGCGUGGGAGCCGUGGACACCCUGUGUUAGCUGCGGACAGAUCAGCGUGUUUUCAAACAGGGUUUAGCACCACAGAAACGAUAAAUGUGACGACGACAGUUCAGGCACUGAGUGCAUGUGGUGUGACAGUACAGACGGUCUCUCAGCUUCAGGCUGUGCUUCUGCACUUGGCUUUUGAGUUGGGUGAUAUCGGAGGACUCUCAGCUCUCCACCUCCGUGUCCUGCGCGCGUCAAUCUCCAUUUUGGAUUACUUUCUUCACACUUCGCUCCCUUACGACCAGAUGAGGGACGAACCUCUGGAUGACGGGAGGAAACCGUCCAAGUCCCUUCUCGAGUGUCCCGACACAAAAUCCGAUUUGCCGACGUUCGUGGGAGAACACUUGAGUUCGUUAUCACCUUCGUACGAUAGGGAAGUCUGUGGAAAGCAUGUUUCUUCCUUUGAUUCAUGUGAAACGGACGGGGGUAGUCAGCCUCACCCGGCAAUGCAGCAGGCAUGUCCCCGUUCUCCCAUUAAAUCUCAAGGGAACGUGUGUAAAGCAAAGUUGAGAGGCCGCGGCAAUGACGGCAAUGCCAUAGGGGAGGUCAGUCCCCACUACCCUGAUUUACAGAGUUUGUCCAAGAGGGUGAAGUCGUCUCGUUUACACUGUGAGGUUCUAGACACAGUGCGUAGCGUGGUACGAGUGGAACGAAAAUGUGAGAGUCACGGAAACACGCUGAAACACCCUAUGCAGAAAGUCGGUCCGUGUCUGAUGGUGUCCGAGGCACUGAUUCCGCCGUAUGUAGUCGACAUAGCGGUCCUCCCUGUGAACCGUUAUCGAGGGAGCUGUAAUUGGGUGUGACAAAUGGAGAACUGCGGGGGCUGAGGAAGUCGGCGUACUUUCAUGGUUUUCUCGAAAAAAGAGUGUUUUGCUUUUGCGUAUCUGUUCCGGUAUUUGCGCCUCUCGUUUCUCGUUUUUUCUACACCACAGGCGUAGCUGCUCACUUUUUAGCCCGUUUCGGGUCCGAAAGAAACGAUGUGUCAGCGUGGUCGACUCUUGGCAAGAAAGUCACGCGUUUGUCGUCUUUUUCCGCCUCACGCCGG